GUUGUUGUUGCACAGGCACCGUUUUCUAUUUCUCAUUUCUUUUUUUUUUUAUAACUCCCUGAUUAGAACUCACCCACAGUUCGAUCGGUCUCUCCACACCGGAGCUGCAACUGGAAGCGGUGGUCGAACCAUCGAUCAAUCAUGACGGAGGACUUUCCCCAGCGGCGCCGGCCAGUCCCCACGGGCAGAACCAGCUCUACUUCCGGCCUGCCGCUCUCAACUACUAACGUUACUACUACUACUACCGCUUCAACAAUCACCACCACCACCACCACCGACAACUCUCUCUUCUCUUCCGCUACAACGGCUACUGCUACGGCUAUUGCCUUUGCAAAUCCUACGCCAACACCUUCCUUUCCCCUCCUCACUACCAGCACUUUCCAAUCUCGAUCUCGAUCUCGGUCGCAGCCUUAUACUCCUUCGCCCUCCCUCCCAAUCGCCCUUCUCUCCUCCCACCCCUCCUCCACCUUAGACCGUCGGCCAGUCCGUGCCCACGAGGGAGGUUUCGUGCAUCCCGCCUCCUUUCUCCGGCCACGAGGUCUGUCACAACCAAUGCCCCCAGCUCAGCCCGAAAGGGCUAUCGAUCGCGAAGAGCGUCAGGGCCUACGUGCCAUCCGCAACUUCCUCAAAGUCCGUACCAGUUACGAUGUCCUUCCGCUUAGUUUCCGACUCAUCAUCUUCGACACCUCCUUGUCGGUCAAGGAGAGCUUGAACAUCCUCAUCCAAAAUGGUAUCGUUUCGGCUCCAUUAUGGGAUUCGAAGGCGUCGACCUUUGCUGGUCUCUUGACCACAUCUGACUACAUCAACGUUAUCCAGUACUAUUUCCAGAACCCUGCUGCGCUGAACCAGAUCGACCAAUUUCGACUUGAUAGUCUUCGAGAGGUCGAAAAAGCUUUGGGCGUCGCCCCUCCCGAGACAAUAUCGAUCGACCCUGAACGACCCUUGUAUGAAGCCUGUCGGCGCAUGUUGGAGUCGCGUGCUCGCCGCAUUCCCCUCGUCACACGCGACAGUCAGACCGAUCGAUCUCUGGUCCUGAGUGUGGUCACUCAGUAUCGCAUUCUCAAGUUCGUUGCGGUCAACGUUCCAGACACCCAGAAGCUGCGCAAGCCGCUUGGGGAGAUUUUGCUGGGUUCGUACCAGAACGUCGCGACGGCAUCUAUGGACACACCUGUCAUUGAUGUGAUUCAUAUCCUGGUUGAACGGAGCAUAUCCAGCGUGCCAAUUGUGAAUUCGGAGGGAGUGGUUUACAACGUAUUUGAAGCCGUCGAUGUGAUUACCUUGAUCAAAGGCGGCGUGUAUGAUGAUCUUAGCCUUACCGUGGGCGAAGCAUUAAAAAAGCGAUCUCCCGAUUUCCCGGGAAUUUAUACAUGCUCCUUGGACGAUGGUCUGGAUACCAUCUUCGACACGAUUCGCAAGUCUCGCGUGCACCGCCUGGUUGUGGUAGAUGAGAACUUCCGGCUCAAGGGCGUCCUGACUUUGAGCGACAUCCUACAGUAUAUCCUCCUCGAGGGCGAAACUGAUGAGCUAUCAUGAAUUUAUGUCAUUUUUCUUCUUGAUUUCCAUUUCUUCUGGCGCCGUGGCGCUGCCAUAAUACUCACAAUUGCAUAGGGCGGCGUUUCUCGGUUGGGGCUAAUGUCGGUGUCGGAGCCUCUCGCACUGGGUUCGACAGAUGGUAGCUGACUUGUGACCGACGCAUGUUACUCCUGGCUUUUCCUUUUUCCAUCUUGUUGGAACACACGCUGCAAAAGUAAACCUACACGACAUCAUAUGAUGUCUACACUUCUUCACUUGGUCUCCGUCAGCGGCAGGGGACCAGGAACCUAGCCUUGGCGCUGGGCUUGACAACAAUAGAUCUCAUUACUUGUAUGACUCUCUCUUGUGAACUAACUGAUUCGAU